AUGGAUGAUUUUGUGGAGAUUUACGGAGGGAGUGGAAACGAAACGCUUGAAUUGGUGGGCGGCAAGGGGAAAAAUCUGAUUGUUCUGGCAAAGAGGGGCUUUUGUGUUCCUAGUGGUUUUGUUGUAAAAUCAUCUGUUUUUAACGCUUUUGCUUCGAGGAAUUCCAUUUUUGAAAACAUUUCCGAGGAGAGUACUCAAGUUAUCGAGAAUUGCGAGCAAAUAUUGGAGAAGAUUGACAACUCUCCGCUCGAUACGAUUGCAGUUGACUGCAUUAGUCGUCUCUUGAAUGAGAUUAAGGAAACCUCGGCAACGUCCCCUCUUGUCGCGGUAAGAUCAUCUGGGGUGAAUGAAGAUUUGGACGAUGCAAGUUUUGCUGGAAUGAAUGAGACUAUUCUUAAUGUUGAGUGCAGCGUCGAUCCUGUAUGUGCCGCUAUCAAGGAAUGUUGGAAAUCCCUUUACUGCAAGCAAGCCGUUACAUAUCGUCAACAAUUGGGCUUUCCUGUGUACGAUGUUUCAAUGGCAGUGGUUAUUCAAGUGAUGAUUCCGUCUGACAUUUCGGGGGUUGUGUUCACGGCAGACCCACAGAGCGGUUCACGCGGGUGGCUAGUGAUAAACGGGGUGCAGGGCAUGGGAGAAGCUCUCGUAAGUGGCCAAGUCGAUACAGAUUACUGGAUCAUUCGAAAAUCGUUUAUGGGUCGUGAGAAAAAGAUUAUCGAAAGCCGGAUUGGGUCUCAAGCGUUCAAGCUAUGCUCGAAUUACCCCAAUCCAGGAACACAUCGAGUGGAUCUGUCCGCUGAAGAAGGGAAACGUCCCUGUCUGACGGAGGAACUGCUCUUUGAAGUGGCUUCCACUGCGCAGGAGAUUGAGAAGCAGUAUGGAAAGCCGAUGGAUAUCGAAUUCACGUUCUAUCAAAACAAACUGUACAUUCUUCAAGCCAGACCGAUCACGAAUCUCGGUGAAGUUCCUCCUCGUAACCUCGAUUCGACCUUUUUUUAA